AUGGCCUCCACGUUUUCUUUUGUUUGUUUGUUUGUAUCUUCUUAUUUUUCUAAACAAUUCCUUUCUUUCUCUCUCUUCCUUUCUUUCUUUCUUUCUCUCUUAUUUUUUCUUUCUUUCUUUUUUCUUUCUUUCUUUCUUUCUUUCUUUCUUCCUUUCUUUCUUCUUCGUAACGUUCUUCUCAUUAUUUUCUCAAUAGUCCUACACAAUUCCUUUCUUUCUCUCUCUUCCUUUCUUUCUUUUUUCUUUCUUUCUUUCUUUCUUUUUAUUUGUAACGUUCCUUUCAAUAUUUUAUCAAUUGUCUUCCAAAGUUUCUUUUUUCUUUCUUUCUUUCUUUCUUUUCUUUCUUUUUUAUUUGUAACGUUCCUUUCAAUAUUUUAUCAAUUGUCUUCCAAAGUUUCUUUCUUUCUUUCUUUCUUUCUUUCUUUCUUUCUUUUUUUAUUUGUAACGUUCCUUUCAAUAUUUUAUCAAUUGUCUUCCAAAGUUUCUUUCUUUCUUUCUUUCUUUCUUUCUUUCUUUUUUAUUUGUAACGUUCCUUUCAAUAUUUUAUCAAUUGUCUUCCAAAGUUUCUUUCUUUCUUUCUUUCUUUCUUUCUUAUUUGUAACGUUCCUUUCAUUAUUUUAUCAAUUGUCUUCCAAAGUUUCUUUCUUUCUUUCGUUCUUUCUUUCUUUCUUUCUUUCUUUCUUUCUUUCUUUCUUUCUUUCUUUCUUCAAUACGUUCUUCCCAUUAUUUUAUCAAUUCCUUUCAAUUCUUUUCUUUCUUUCUUUCUUUCUUUCUUUCUUUCUUUCUUUCUUUUUUGGUGGGCUGCAAACGUAUUGA